UAUACUUCGUAAAUGGCAGGACAAAAUCAUUAGCUCUACAUUCUGUCAGGGUUUAUUUUGUCGACGUACAUAACUCAACGCCAAUGCUCAGACACAAGCGACAACAAUUUUAAGCAUAUUUAACAAACAUUUAAUUAUUAUUCGGUAUGGGAGACAAGCCUUUAAGAGUACUGGCGUGUGGUGACGUUGAAGGAAGAUUAAAUGCUUUGUUCAACCGGGUGAACGCCAUCCAGAAAAAGAGCGGGCAAUUUGAUUUGCUGCUGUGUGUUGGUGACUUUUUUGGAAGCUCGCCUGAAGCUGAAGCAGAAUGGGCAGCAUACAAAUCUGGUGCAAAAAAGGCACCCAUCCACACUUGUAUUCUCGGCGCAGCCAGUCUAGAGACUGUCAAAUAUUUUCCAAGUUCUGAUGGCUGCGAGUUGGCAGAAAAUAUCACAUGUUUGGGUCGAAGGGGCAUUUUCACAGGCGCAUCAGGUCUUCAGAUUGCCUAUGUCAGUGGCAGAGAAGCUCAUCAGGAACCGGCUCCGUCACACUGCUUUACCCCUAAAGACAUUACUGCCCUGGUGGCACCACUGCUGUCCAGCUCCAAAUUUCGGGGAGUUGACAUUCUCCUGACCUCACAGUGGCCUCGAGGCGUGUGUCAAUAUGGAAACAGCCCAGAAACAGAUAUGAAGUUUUGUGGAGUUUCGUCUAUCGCAGAUCUCGCUGACAAGCUGAAACCUCGCUACCAUUUUGCAGGUCUGGAGGGAGUACAUUAUGAGCGGCUGCCCUACAGGAAUCAUGUGGUUCUUCAAGAAAAUGCUCAGCAUGUCAGUAGAUUCAUCGCACUGGCAACAGUUAAUAAUCCUGCCAAGAAGAAGUAUUUGUAUGCAUUCAACAUUAUCCCGAUGAAAAACAUGGACUCCACAGAGUUAGUCAAACAACCUCAGGAUGUCACAGAAAAUCCCUACAGGAAACCUAUGAAAGAUGGGAAGAAAGAAAGACAGCCAGCCUCAAUGACUGAUGCACAGGAGGAACCAGCAUCCCAGUUCUUCUUUGAUCUGGGCCAGAAGAAUCAACAGCGACAGCAUGGCAGGAAGAGACAGUCAGAUGGAGACCGGCCAAAUCAGCACAAACAGCCUCGAAGACCACCUCAGCCCACUGGACCCUGCUGGUUCUGCCUUGCAAGUCCAGAAGUUGAGAAGCACUUGGUCAUAAGCAUCGGAACACAUUGCUACAUGGCUCUCGCUAAGGGUGGUCUCACUCCUGACCAUGUUCUCCUGCUUCCCAUCGGACAUUACCAGUCAGUGGUGGAUUUGGCGUCAGAGGUAGUGGAAGAGAUGGAGAAAUUCAAGAGCGCCUUCAAGAAGUUCUGUAAAAGCAAAGGCAAGCGGUGUGUCCUGUUUGAGAGGAACUACCGGAGCCAACACCUUCAGCUACAGGCAGUGCCGGUGCCGAUGGAGAAAUGCAGCACUGAGGACAUCAAAGAGGCCUUCAUGACACAAGCUGAAGAGCAGCAGAUGGAGCUGAUGGAGAUUCCAGCUCAUACUGACCUCAAACAGAUCGCUCCUCCAGGUACUCCGUACUUCUAUGUGGAGCUGGACACAGGCGACAAGCUGUUUUAUCGCAUCAAGAAGAAUUUCCCUUUGCAGUUUGGCAGGGAGGUGUUGGCGAGUGAGGCGGUGAUGAACAUCCCAAUGCGCUCAGACUGGAGAGAGUGUAAAAUCAGCAAAGAGGAGGAAGAGGAUCAGGCCAAACAAGUACGCUCUGACUACGAGCCCUUCGACUUUGCACUCGAUGACUGAAUCGACUUUCGUUCCUAAAUCCAUAAACGUGUCCACUUUUUAAUGCUUUUUAACAUUUCGCAUCAGAAACGGUUUCCUCUCAUCCAGACCCAUUGAGAGAAUGCUGUUGUUUCAGUGACUUUUUUUCAAAUUAUGACUUGUUUUGGUGAUUUAUCUCGAUCUGUUGGAUGGCAACAAGUGUGGGAAUAUGUUAUGUGACUCGUGAUUAAAGUCUCUUUUUAUUUUCACGUUUGUAAAA